AUGUCGAAGCAUACGUUUCUCUAAUGUGUGUGUGCUAUGAAUUUUAUAGAAUUUGCACGUGUGAUCGUUUUAGUGUAUUCGAUGGCCUACGAGUUUCUUUGUCUUGAAAAGUUAAAGGUUUGUGUUAGCUUUGAGCAGUUGUGGGCAUGAGUUGUUGUAGAAGAAGAACUUGUAAUUUUAGACGGAUUGCGGGACGAAUUAUCUAUGUGCACAUUGUUGAGCUCAUGAAGAUCUCAUGUCUGCUACUACAUUGUCAUUAAUUGAUGAGCCUACAAGUUUUAUAUCUAUCCAGUUGUUAGGCACUGACUUUAGAGUUGAUUUGCUGAUUUGCGGCCAGUGUGAAGUAUCCUGUUUUGUGGGAUUUAGUUUUUCACUGCUAUAAUUUUCUGUCGCAGGUCUUAACUUAAGCUUUAGUAAUUCCAAAACAUGGCAAAAAAGAAGAAUCCUCAAGUUUUUAUGGAUGUAUCCAUUGAUGGCGAUCCAGCUGAGACUAUGGUUUUUGAGCUUUUCCCUGAAGUCGCUCCCAAAACAUCCGAGAAUUUCCGUGCACUAUGCACAGGGGAGAAAGGCAUUGGACCCAGAAGUGGAAAACCUUUGCAUUACAAAGGAUCCUUUUUUCAUAGAAUACUGAAGGGUUCCUCAGCACAGGCUGGUGAUUUUGUGAACCGAGAUGGUACAGCUGGGGAAAGCAUAUAUGCCGGAAAAUUUCCAGAUGAGUCACCAAAACUAAGGCACGAUGAGCCUGGUCUUUUAUCAAUGUCUGUUGCUGACCGUGACAAGUUUGGAUCACACUUUCAUAUAACCUUCAGGCCAAAUCAGCAGCUUGAUAGAAAUAAUGUUGUUUUUGGAAAGCUAAUUCAAGGGAAAGAGAUAUUAAAAAAAAUUGAACGUGUGGGUGAUGAGGGAGGUAAACCUUCUGUCAGUGUGAAGAUAAUCCGUUGUGGAGAAAACUCUGGAGACAAGAAGAAAGAUAGUGAUGGUCGAAAAAAGGGAAAGCACAAGAAAUCUUCACGUGAGAGAACAAAGAAGAGGCGAAGACACUCUUUAUCUGAAUCUGAGAGCUCUUCAGAUUCUGAGACAGAUUCCUCAGAAUCUGAUAGCGAGUCAGAUUCAGAUUUGUCUUCAUCUUCCAACCAUAGUUCCUCGAGCCAUGAAAGGCAGAAGAAGAGAAGAAGAGGUUUAAAGAAAGAUAAACACAGGCGGUCUAAAAGAAGAGAUAAGCGCCAUGAGAAAAAGCGGAGGAUGCGUGAUAAGAGAUCAAAACGAAAAUCAAGAAGGUCCCUAGACAGUCUUACAGAUGAAGACAGUGAUAGUGUAAGUGAAGCAAGUUUUAGCGAUGCCAAUGUUGAAACUGGAGCAAAAAAGAAGAAGCCCAGACUCUCUCAUAGAACAGGCAAUUUUGAACUUCACCAUGAAAAAAGGAAGGGACCAGAUUUGCUUGACAAGGAUGAUGGUGAAGCACCCUCAGAAAACAGAGGUCCAACAAGUAAUGGAAUUUCACAUGCUGCAUCAGAACAGAUUUCUGAUAGGCAACCAGAUAUUGUCGAUGACCAUCCUAGCAAAUCUAGGUCUAGGAGCCGGAGCUUGAGUACUAAGAGGACUGUGAGUAGGAGCAUGAGUAUUAGUCCCCGGAGGAGUCAGAGUAAGAGCCCAAGUUUAAGUCCUAGAAGGAAUGGGGGCAGAAGUCCUGCCAAAGGUACCCGCCAAAUGAAGAACUUGACAAACAGUAAAAGAGAAAGCCCAGUGAGUGAGGAGAAGGGCAGGCAUGGUAGAAAAAGCCCUACCAAAAGUGUUAGUAGAAGUCCGGCGCGAAUAAAAAGAGGAAGAGAUGUUAGUAGAAGUCCUUCAAGGAGUAUAAGUAGAAGUCCAUUGGGAAUCCCGAAAAGGGGAAGAGAUAUUAGUAGAAGUCCUUCAAGGAGUGUCAGCAGAAGUCCGUUGGGGAUCCCAAAAAGGGGAAGAGAUAUUAGUAGAAGUCCUUCAAGGAGUAUCAGUAGAAGUCCGUUGAGGAUCCCGAAAAGGGGGAUCAGCAGAAGUCCUUCACGGAGUAUAAGCAGAAGUCCACUGGGGAUCCCCAAAAGGGUGAUCAGCAGAAGUCCAGUGAGAGGUCGGAUUUCCAGAAGCCUUAGCAAGAGCCCGGUAAGAUCUGCAUCUCGUGGGAGCCUUAGGAGGGGCCCACUAAGAAGAUCAUCAAGAAGAUCACGUAGCAGAACUCCCGCUCGAGCUUCUAGAAGAAGCCUGAGCCGUAGUCCCAUUCGGUUAUCUAGAAGAAGCCUGAGCCGUAGUCCCAUUCGGUUAUCUAGAAGAAGCUUAAGCCGGAGUCCAAUUCGAUCACCUAGGAGAUCAGUGAGCAGGAGUCCAGUCCGAUUAUCUAGGAAGAGUGUGAGCAGGAGUCCAGUUUGUUCAUCCAGGAGAAGUAUCAGCAGGAGUCCAGUCCGACUAUCUAGGAAGAGUGUGAGCAGGAGUCCUGUUCGAUUGUCCAGGAGAGGUAUCAGCAGGAGUCCUGUUAGAGGAAGAAGAAGAAUUAGCAGAAGUCCAGUUCCUGCGAGGAGAAGGAGUGCACGGCCUAGAUCUCCUCUUGGUGAUCGUAGAAGAAGUUUGUCAAGAAGUGCUUCUCCUGAUGGGUGCAUCAGGAGAGGGAGAGGAUUUAGCCGGAGAUUCUCAUACGCCCGUAGAUACAGAACUAGUCCAUCUCCUGACCGAUCUCCUUAUCGCUUUAGUGAUAGGAGUGACCGUGACAGAUAUCGAAGUCACAGAAGGUUCUCGCCAAGACGGUUUAGAAGAAGCCCAGUCAGAGGAAGAACACCUCCAAGUAUUAUUAGGUAUAGAAGAAGAAGCCGGUCUGUAUCGGCUGGUCUCCGUUAUCGCAGGAGGCGGUACAGCCGCACUCCUAUCCGUAGCCGUUCACCACCUUACAGAAAGAGAAGGUCACAAUCUGCUAGCCGCAGCCCGAGUCCAUCCAGAUCAAGAUCAAAUUCAAAAUCUCCCAUUGGGACCGGGAGAGUAAGAUCAGUGUCAAGAUCACCAUCCAAGGCAAGGUCCCCAUCGAAGUCGGAUUCGUCAUCCUCGGAUGGUAGCUCAGGCGGGAAAAAGCGACUAGUAGCCUAUGAUUAAUGAAUAAGGACCCUCAAGUGUUUUGUUAUUUUAUACUAAGAAGAGAUGGUAAAAAGAAAGUAUGUAGUUUUAUUCUGUUACAUAUGCAUUGUCUUCUGGUUCUGAAUUUGAUGAUGCUCCAACAUUGUUAUAUCUAUGUUGAUGUUUGCCGACAUUUUUUUUUU